AUGAAAGAUAUUCAAUUUUAAGCAAUAAAAUUUUAUUAGAAUGACAAGAGAAAAUAUUGUCAGAACGAACUAAAUGAUUAAUAAAUAUUGUAUUUUUUUAAGUUAAAAAUAAACUUUAUAGUAGUUUUAAAAAAAAUAUUUUAAUUUAUAAGGUAUGAAAGACAUAAAAUGCAGAAUACUACUGUAGCUUUUUAAAUAAAUUUAUCAUUUUUAUAGCAGUAAAUAUGGUUUUUGAUAAAACAAAUUUACAAUAAUAAGAAAGAUUAAAGAAAAAAUAUAUAAUUUUUUAGAAAGAAAGGACAACAGAAUAUAGAAUGA